AUGCUCCGCUUCCGCACCGAGGGCUACAACGGCUGUGCGGUCAAAUACUCCCCCUUCUUCGACAAUCGGCUGGCUGUUGCGGCAUCAGCUAACUAUGGACUCGUCGGAAAUGGCCGAUUGUAUAUAUUGGAACUGACUCCCAAUGGGAUUGUACCGGUCAAAUGGUUUACCACCCAAGAUUCCCUCUAUGACCUCGCCUGGUCGGAAAUCCACGAGAAUCAGGUCCUCACGGCAUCCGGAGAUGGCAGUAUCAAGCUCUUCGACAACAACCUGAACGAUUUCCCCAUCCAGAACUGGAGAGAGCAUAACCGCGAGGUUUUCAGCGUGCACUGGAAUCUAGUCGCCAAAGACCGCUUCUGCUCCUCCAGUUGGGACGGUACCGUGCGCGUAUGGUCGCCUCAUCGUCCUCAGUCCCUUAUUACGCUCCCUACGCACAGUUGCACCUACUCCGCCGCCUUCUCGCCUCAUUCCCCCGACAUCCUCUCCUGCGUCACCUCCGACUCCUACGUUCGCAUCUUCGAUCUCCGCACCCCCGCCUCCGCCUCCAACCAUCUCAUACUUCAGAUUCCGAUCCAUGCCGCGCCCGUAUCGCCCAUACCGGGUAAACCGGGCGUUCCUCCUGCAGCAUGUCCCCCAUCUGAAGCGCUGACGCAUGACUGGAACAAAUACCGUCCGUCCGUCCUGGCGACGGCGGGCGUUGACCGUACCAUCCGUACAUUCGACAUCCGUGCGCCACAACAGGGUCCCAUGGCUGCGAUGAUCGGACACGAAUAUGCCGUCCGCAAGCUGGCCUGGUCGCCGCAUCUGUCCAAUAUCCUUCUCUCAGGAAGCUACGACAUGACCUGUCGCGCGUGGAGUGACGGGUCAGACGCUGGGAUGGGUGAUAUGGACGUAAUGCGCUCGGGACCUGCUCCGGCUAUGGGUAUGGAGCUGGGACGGAUGGGUCAGCAUACUGAGUUUGUGACGGGCGUGGACUGGUGUAUGUUUGGGAGUGAGGGAUGGUGUGCUAGUACGGGAUGGGAUGAGAAUCUUUUUGUGUGGGAUGUCCGAGCAGCUAUGGGUGCAUGA